AUGGAAUUUCUGUCAAAAUUUUCCUUAGAAAUAGCUAGAACCUUCUCAACACAACUCCGUUUCACCGAAAUAAAUGAUAUCCUGCAUCAAGCACACAAGCUUCAUAACAAGCAACUUGUCAGUUUUGCCGAUCUUCCUUCGUUUUUGACCACAAGCAUACAACACCAACUUCAUUCACUGCCCUCACUACAACAUACACUCUGUGCAUUGGAGGCUGGUUACCCAAUUUUGUUGCAAUCGUUUGUCGAUUAUCAAUACAACAUGGCAAAAUCUAUGGCAAUCAAUAUUCUUUUCCCUAUUCCUGAACUGACUCCUGAACACGCGUUUUUAUUUCUGGCACAUGUUUUCAGGGUCCAAUUACUCGCGAUGAAUUAG